AUGACUGCAUCCGAUCAUUCAUCCCCAAACUCUCCAUCUCACAACUCUUCCGGAAAUCCCACACAAACCAAUGAAACCCACAUCAAUCCUUCAGGAAAUCCUAGAACCCUAGACCCUUACAUAAUUCAUCCUAGUGAUAACCCUGCAACAGUGUUGUCUUCUCCUCUUUUGCAAGGGGAUAAUUAUGGUUCCUGGGUGAGAGGAAUCACAAAAUCCCUGAAUGCUAAGGGUAAGCUUGGUUUUGUUGAUGGUUCUCUCCCUCCCCCAACAGAUGCGUUGCAGUUUCAAUGUUGGAAGAGAUGUGACGACCUUGUAGGCAGUUGGCUUCUAAACUCCUGCCAACCAGACAUCAGGGCUAGCUGUUUAUAUGCCCCCAAUUCUCAUGCUAUCUGGAAGGAUUUACAGGUGAGGUUUUGUGUUUCCAAUGCUCCGAUUCUUUUCCGUUUAAAGUCCUCUAUUGCUUCCAUCAAACAGGAAUCCAUGCCUGUUUCUCUCUACUAUACAAAAAUCAAGACACUGUGGGAUCAAUAUGAUUCCCUGGUUGCUUCUACUGAAGCUUGUAUUUGUGGUGCUGGAAAGCACAUGAUUGAGAGACUUGAAAUGGAGCGUGCCAUGGAGUUUCUGCAGGGUCUGCACGACAGGUUUUCUAACCUUCGCAGCCAAAUCCUAACCAUGGACCCUUUCCCCACUGCACUCCGUAUUUUCAACCUUGUUCAGCAAGAGGAAGAACAACAAAACAUCACUGCUGCUCCUUUUCCAACAAUUGAUGUUGCUGCUCUCAGUUCCAAUCGUCACUUCUCCUCCAGUUCUCGACCUCCAGCGAACCAGAAUAAACGUCAGCGUCCAUUCUGUGACUAUUGUAACAGACUUGGUCAUGUCAGAGACAAGUGUUAUCGACUUCAUGGUUUUCCUGCCAGCACCAGUAGCUCUCCAUCUCCGGCUAACAGCAAUAUGCAUCUCACUGCAGCAACUGCAGUUACACCAGCUGAUGCGUCUGCCAUUCCGCAUGCUCUUCCGACGCUGUCUGCUGACCAAUAUGCACGUCUUUUGGCCUUAAUCAACCCUGCGCCAGAAUCUGCACAGCUUGAACCUCGUGCCAAUUUCGCAGGACCGUGUCACGAAAACAAUGAUUGGUCAGGCUGAUUUUAUCUCUGGUCUCUAUCAUCUCCAAGUUCAUCCUCAGCAGUCUUCCAAUACAAUCUUAUGUAAUAAAGCGUUUGCCGAUGUUUGGCAUUGCAGGCUAGGUCAUC